AGCUAAACCAAUGGGAUGUCUUAUCGAGUGAAAAUCGUCCAAUCAGCACCUGUCUUUUGUCGAGCUUUUGUAAUAAAAGGAGCAUUCUGGACAUACGUCUUCAGUGUGCGUCGUUUUUCGGAGAGCUAUACUACCAUCAGGAUGAUACAGCCGUUCUUUGUGGUGUUGUGUACGUGUGGCGUGCUUGGCGAUCACUUUGUUUCGCCGGAUGGCCUCUUCGUUUUGUUCCCAACUAACCAAACCUCGACAGGAACGGAGUCACCACUGUUGCUUCCAGUAAUCUCUCAAAGUGCACAAAAAAGAUUGUCCCAGCCAGGUUUUUCUCCACCGUCUUCUCCGCUUCUACCAAUUCUGACGGCCCCUUCCCCUGUAAGACUAUCUGUAUCACCACCUGUCCUUGGGCCUGCCUUGCCCCGUCCCCUUCCAACACCUGUGGUUACUCCACUCUGCACUCCCAUGACGGGAGGCCUAAUCCACCAUGCCCGGAGGAACAGCGCAUAUCACCUGUCCUGGUGCACUGGACCUAAAAUGCUAAACUGGGCAGAAGCGGCAACCUAUUGUCAAAAUCUUCGUAGGGAUUUCCAGCCGGUUAGCAUAGAAGACAAAGAUGAGGACGACUUUAUUACAGAUAUUAUCGCCAAGCAUCAGAUCCAGUUCAUUUGGACUUCGGGCAACAAACGGGGUUCAAGCUCUUGGCAAUGGUUGUCAGGUUCUGCUUUUAUCUACGCAAACUGGUCUCCUACUGGCGGGCGCGGCCAGCCACAGCCGGACAACCGUGAGGGCAACGAAGACUGUCUCGGUGUUCUCAAAAAUGUGUACAACGACGGCAUAAAGUGGCAUGACAUAGCUUGUCACCACGUGAAGCCGGUCAUCUGUGAGGCCGCCGUGUGAUGGUAGUCUUCCCUCAUCUUGGACUGGUAUCAUUAACUACGGCCAAAGAUCUGUAACGCUUCUAUGAAAUAAAGUUCAUAUGUACA